AUUUUUUCCAAUUAGACUUAGAGCUAUUUUAAAAAAAGUAAAUAAUACAUUAUAUAGAUAAAUCUAAUUUAAGAAGAAAAUGUUGAAAAUAUUGAAUUUAUUAAUAAAAUAAAAGAAAAAAUCCGUUGAGAUGGCUUUGUUUAUGAAACAAGACUUCAACCCCCCCAUGUUAUCUAGACGAUGGAUUGCUAUAAAAUUCAGGCCUAAUAUGCUUUUAUACAGCCGAGAGCACAUCAUAGCUAUCCUUGAAAGUGGACUCAUGUUCCGAGAGGACAGUGUGGAAGUGGAGCAGGAAGCCCCCGCGGCUGAGGCGCUGUGGGGCCGCGCGGGGGGCACCAGGGGGGGCUGGUUCACGCGGGGAGAGAGGAAUCUAUCUCUGCUGGCUACUUUGGCACUCGUUGCUGCCGCACCUCCGAGAAGUUUCCAACGCUCAACGUUCGUCAAGCUCGCUGCGUACGCGAUAGUUCCCGCUGUAAUCCGAGCGGCGCACCGCUUGCAGUGCCGCGGCUCGCUCAAGUCGCUCCUGUCGGUCAUGCGCGACUACAUGUCGCUAGUCCGCCGCGCGACCGCCUGCUGCAGGGAAUACUCGACCUUGCACGCUCGACUUACCUCAGUAACAACAGUAAUAGAUUCGAUGCGAACGAUGUUGUCUCGACAACAGACCGAGCUGUUGAUACUGAUGUCACGGGCGACGUCCUCGCUGCUGGGGAACGUUCCGUGGUUGCACGGAGACGUGGCCAGCGAGUUUGACAGUGAUAAUCUUAUGAAAAUCCACCACGCCUUCCUAGUUGUACAAUCGACACUGUUAAAGGUUAUAGCACUGGCACACUCUAUCCCGACUGCGCAUGCGCAGAAAAUAUACAAGAACCACAACGAAAGGGUAUACUGGAUCCAUAAUGUCCUAAUUCAACAUCUAGUCCAAGAAUUCAAAGAUAAUUACGAAGCCCUAGAACGAAUGUACAGGUUGUUAAAGAAUUACGGCACGAAGGACAGCGAUAGUGCGUUAAAGAAACCGGGCUCAGCGAUUAAUGAUACAUGGAUGUACUCAGACGUACAUACAGGUGUGGCUAGGUCGUGUCUGGAGCUAAAACUGGCCCUGGACAAGUGCAGCCACCUAGAUAUGUUCCUGGAUUCGUGUGCGAUGAAUAAACAGGAAAUAAGCUUGGACGUGCUAGAUAAAGAUAUAGAUGAAAUUAUAGAUAACAUAACGAAGUGUCUAUCUACAGUACAGAAUUCACAGAUAAGAUUAAAGAAAAUGCAAAAUAAAUUACGCGUUGACGACGAAGAAAUUAAAGGCGAAGAAAAAGAAUUCGAGGAGAUGAAUAUUUUAAAAAUCGAAGACAAAGAACCGGUAAUACGUGAUGAAGUUUUCUAUUUCGUUAAAACUGAGGAUGAAAACGUUCCAUUGCCAGUCGGUGAUAUCGUAACGGGUCCUGGGCACAAAGAAAAGGAAGCGUCGAAAGUUGUCCUGAAAGAGUUACAAAGGAAACUGGUGAAGAGAGAAGAUGUGAUGAGAGAAAGAGAGAGGCAGGCGUUAGCGAAAACGAUGCCAAAUUUAAAAGACAUACCGGAAUUCCCGAGACAGAUUAAAUACGAAGAAUUCUUAGAACGAAAAGGACUGAUAUCGAAGAUAAAAAGAUCGCAAGCGACGAAAAAACUGUUCAAAAAGUAUAAAAUUACCAAACGCAAUAAUAAAAGAAAUAAAUUAGAUAAUUUCAAAUUAAGAAUCGAUAAAUAUGAAACAGAAAAUGAUAUAACGAACGAUAUAUUUAAAACUACAAACAAAUUUAAACCUAAAAAUCAAGUUUUAACGAUAACAAGGACAAAAAAAUCGUUUGUAGUGACGAAAUGGUUUAAAAGUAUACCCAAUGAAGCGAAUAAUCUAGAUUCAAGCGGACUGUCUGAAGCCUUAAGCGAUGUUGAAGCGAAUGCAGGGAAUAGACAAAUAAAUGAAGCGAUAAAUAAAAAACAAAACACCAACGAUAACAAAAAUUACAGAUUCACAAGGAAAGAUCUAGAACUAUCUCCGUCGUCAUCAGAGAGCGACUUCGAUCAUUUGUACAACGAAAGAAUAUCAAUAUUGAACGAUGUUAGACGACACCGAGCGGCCAGGAGGAAGAACGUCCCAGCGAAAAGAUUGUCCAUAGACAAUGUAGAUGAAAGCUUGAAGCCCAUAGAGUAUAGCUUCGGAACCGGCUUGGCUAUGGCCUCCGUGUUACAGAUAAAUAACGCUAAAAUACCGAAUAUGAUCCAGGAAGAGGUAUUCGUUGGUGAUGGAGAAGUUUCUGAAGAUAGUGGGAACGAUGAAGACGCUUAGACCAGCAGAGCUGUGAGAGAAAUACGUAAAUCGUUCGACAUACGGUGCUACGCUAUUUUGUUACGUAUCCUUAAGACAAUAAAGCUGUUUUAGUGAAUGUCGCAUAUGACUUUAUGACAUUUAACGGUCCGCGUUGACUCAUCGAGUUUGUGGCUUAUUUUAACACUAUGGAGUGUAGAAUAUGUUUGAAAAAAUGUUCCCCAAAAUGUGUGGAACUAAAUGACGCUGCUGAAGCUAGAGUGUGACAUUUGAAUUAACGCGCCAAUACUCGGUAGAGUGAAACGGAAUUAGAGAGAGAUAGCUAGACAUUCGCGUUCAAAACGCGCUGUUUUCAAAUUAAACAAAUUUCUAAAUACCAAUUAAUAACGCAAUGUUAAUCUCAGUUAAUACAUUCUAGCUACAGUAGCGCCAUUUUAGAUACUUUCGGGGGAAGUCCCGUAUGAGAUACUCCUUAUUUCUACCCUCCAUAGCCAAUAUUUAACUAAUGCCGCAUGCGUUCAUGCAGUGCGUUUCUGUAAGAUCUCACUUCAUUACUCACUCGUUUAAUGUUGACAAUCGAUUUAUGGUGAUAUACUAUUUUGAUGCGUGUGUUCCUGUAAUGUUAUGAUUAUUACGGUCAAUUUCGUAUAUCACCUUCUGACAUUUCACGACAGAUUUCUGCGGUGAGUUUCGAGUUUGUUCGUACAGAAUAUUAAUUGACUGUUUGUCGGUCUAGUGAUAACCUACAAACAUAAACAGUUGAUAUAACCUUGUAACAGCGCAGUAUCACCAAGGUACCACCAAGUUACCCCCACAGGCUAAACUUGCAAUCGUUUAUACUUCAUGUUUGGUUAGAUUGGUAGGUUUUUGAUGUAAAAACAAUACGCGCCGUUGUAAUAUUUAAUCAAUUGCUGUUUAUAUUUAAUAGAUCUGAAGUUCGGUUAUUUUUGACCACGUACUUGGCUCAGAGCUCCAAAGGGGCUAUGGCCCGUCUUAAAGUGGGGUGGCCAUAAUAAGAAGAUAAGUACAUUUAAUUUUUUCCUGCUUAUUCAGUAAGGAUUUAUUUAAACGUUAGCGCUUGUGAAACUGUUGCAAACAAAGUGAGUUGUAAACAUGAAAAAUUAAUUAGUAUUUCAUUAUUUAGGUGCUUUGAAAUAAUAAACUUUUAUAUAAAUAUAUCAUUAAUAAU